AUGCCAUCCGGAACGGCUCCUAUGAAUCCACCUUGGACUCCUCUCAUGAGAAAGCUGGAUCAGCUCGAAUCACAAAACAAGGUACUCAAAAAUGGAAUCAAAGAACACGAAGGCACGGUGGCCGAAGCUCGCCUCGCCAUUGGCGAACUCAGGCAACAGCUGAGCAGUGCGGAGGACGCUCUUCGUCGUACCGUUGGCGAGCUGCAGAGUGAGACGACCCACAACGAGAAGCGGUCCAGACUAGGUAUCCACAACUGGUCCCGGCGUGGCUGGUCGGAUACGCCUCCCAUAGGUGGCGACCGUCUCAGUCAUGUCAAGAGACUCUGGAAUUCUCCGGGCUUUGAGCAUAAGCAGGCGGUGGCGGAAGCGGAUAUCGUCAUCAAGGUCAACGGAAUUCUGGGCGAGACUCUACUGGAAGCCAUGUUGCUGAAAGCGGCGAUUCUGAGGGACUACGCUUUUUGUGUCUCCAGCCCCUUGGAAGAUCUUGGCAGAUCCUACCUUGAGACCGCCCUUGCGCUGAUUCAAGAAGUUGUGGAGCAGUGUAAUGGGGUCAUCCACUUACCAACCAUUUGGGAACGCCGUACAAAAGCACGCUUCCACAUGGGUCUGUGCCUCUUCGAGAUGUGCAGAUAUGCAGAUGCAGUCCGUGUGUUGCGCGGUUGUGCGGAGGAAGCCAAAACCAAGGGCCAUCGGGACGAAAGCAAUAUGUACAUUGCAUUGGCGCAGGUGGAGCUGGAACUAGAGCGCCAGAGAGGUCAGAGAAAACGAAAAGGCCCGUCAGAUCGAGGCGCCAACGCCGCAGCAGGCGCCACCCCUAAGAAGAAACGAAUCAGUUAA